AUGUGUUUGAGUUGUUGUAUGGUUUUUUAGAAACAUAUCGCCAGCAUUUUCUUUAUAAUUCUUAACGUAAUAAUUCAUUAUAUUAUUCAAAUAUAAUAAAAUCAAAUGGCAAACGUGAGUGAGAACGCAGUGAAAAACAUUGGGAAUGUCCUAAAUGAUCCCUCCAGGCCAAUGAAGGAGCGUUUUCGAGCUCUGUUCACAUUAAGAAACAUCGGUGGCGAAACUGCCAUACAGUGUAUUAGCGAAUGCUUUAAAGACGAGUCCGUUUUGUUAAAGCAUGAGCUUGCUUACUGUUUGGGUCAAAUGCAGGACAGAAGAGCCAUUCCCAUAUUGAGGAGCGUGUUAGAGGACCCAAACCAUGAUCCAAUAGUUCGCCAUGAAGCCGGAGAAGCCCUUGGGGCAAUAGGAGACCCUAACCUCCGAGAGCUGCUCGAGAAGUAUCAGCAUGAUUCAGCAAUAGAAGUAGCAGAGACAUGCCAGAUUGCAUUACAAAGGUUAAACUGGGUCGCUAAUGACAGUAAAGAAAAUGACAAUUUGUCUAAAAGUUUAUACACUUCAGUGGAUCCUGCUCCGCCCAGCAUUGAAAAUAAUUUAGAGGCACUUAAAGAUGUAUACCUUGAUGAGACAAAACCAUUGUUUAUACGAUACAGGGCAAUGUUUAGUUUGCGUAAUUUAGGAACAACUGAAAGUAUCAAUGCCUUGGGUGAAGGUCUAAAAGCAAACAGUGCACUGUUCAGACACGAAGUGGCAUUUGUGUUCGGUCAAAUGCAAGACGAAAGGAGUGUUCCUUUUUUGAAAACAACGCUGGAAGAUAUAAACGAACAUGAAAUGGUGAGACACGAGGCCGCUGAAGCAUUGGGUUCUAUCGCAACUGAUGAAUGCAUCGAAAUACUAAAGAGGUACUUGAAUGAUCCACGUCGUGUCGUCCGAGAAAGCUGCGAAGUAGCCCUCGACAUGUCUGAGUACGAAAACAGUCCAGAAUUUCAGUACGCCAACACAUUGCUGACUGUCCAAUCUUAGUGUCAUCAUUUUAUAAGGAAAACAAAGUAUGGAUAUGGAUUUUGAAUUUCAAACAAUAAAUAGCGCCAAAAACACUGCAAGGCAAGGAAGUAGAAAGCAAAUAGUAUAUCACGUCAUAGACAAUCUAAAAAAGACAAUUUAAUCUCAUUGCUGCGGUUAUUAAUUUCUUUCCGAAUUUUUAAAUACCUUCGCAUUUCGUGUUUAAGGAAUGAAGGUAAAUUUAUUGAUGUUUAAAGAACUAUAUAUAUAUUUUAGUAUAAACAGUACAUAAUGUGUAUGGAAACAAAAUAUUAAUGUGUAAUGGAGUCUUACAAUUGUUUAUUUAGUAAAUUAGAUGUGAAAUUUAAAUUUCGCUUGCGAUUAUUGUUAGAAAUACAUUGAACACCAUUUUAAAUUUCAUUAUUUUUGUUUUAUUUAGUAGGAAUUUAGGUCAGGGGAAAAGCUAAAAAAAAACUUCAAUCAAUAUAAACAGUAGAUCAACAUUGUUCAUUAAAAGUAAUAAAUUUCAUUGUAAGCUUUACUGGUUUUUAACUGGUGGUAGGACCUCUUGUGAGUCCGCACGGGUA